AUGGGCUGCCCAGAAAUGGCUUCCACUUUUAACCCCCGAGAAUGCAAGCUGUCCAAACAAGAAGGACAGAGUUAUGGUUUCUUUCUGCGAAUUGAGAAGGACAUCGAUGGCCACCUGGUCCGGCUGGUGGAGAAGGACAGUCCUGUGAAGAAGGCGGGUCUCCAGGACGGAGACAGGGUGCUUAGGAUCAAUGGUGUCUUUGUGGACAAGAAAGAGCACAUGCAGGUUGUGGAUCUGGUUCGCAAGAGCGGGAUCUCAGUGACUUUUUUGGUUCUGAAUGGUGGGUCCUAUGAGAAAGCUAUGAAGGCACAGGUAGACUUGAAGGAACUGGGCCACAGUCAGAAGGAACCGAGAGUGGAUGGUGAGAAGCCAUCCCUGAUGAUGAAUGGAAGUGGUGCAGACAUGUGCCCAGCCUCGUCUCUGCUACCUGGUAAAAGCGAGAACAGUUAUGGCUUCUCACUCAAAACUGUCCAAGGCAGAUCAGACGCCUGCGUCGCGCGCGCCCCCCCCCACACACACCUGUGUCGCUCUUUUCCCAACGGUCGGGAGCGCGAGGCUGAGGAGAACGCGGCGGAGGGCGAGGCGGACGCUGAAGGACGCGAGAGCGGCCGCAGCGAGCGCCAUUAG